CACCGGGCCAGCCCUGGGGCCACCUGGGAACGGGUGCUCAGCUGGGACACUCUGGGACAUUGCCCCAGUGCCACCAGCUCCCCACGGAUCCUCGGUGUCACUGCCUGCCGCACAGUCACGGAGCCAUGCUGAUCCUGAGAUGCCCAGCCCAGCUGCAGCUCCUGGAGGAGACCCUGCGGAAGAGCCUGCCGACCACCCUGCCGGUCCUGGGGACUGUGAUGACAGUGGCCAGGGGGAACCCGGCCUCCCACGAGGUGCUGGUGGACUCCUGGCCCCAUUUCAGCAUUGUCCUGACCCGCCUGCGCCCAGAGGACCACAGGGACCCCAGGGACUACUACACCAACCAGCUAUCUGUGUUCUACCGGGACAAGGGAGCCCUGCAGGCACUGCUGGAAGGCAGUGAGGCGGUGGCCCAUGGAAGAGCCUUCCAGAUUCUGGGGAUGCAGGAUGGGCUGGAUGAGGCCGUGCAGGAGGUGGCCAGUGCCAGGGGGCUGAAGGUGGAGACGAUCCGGUACUGGGCGCUGAUGAGCCCUGAGCCCCCCCAGCCCCGCAGCCAGAUACCCUCAGGCCUGCGCCUGGCGCCUGUGUCCCCAUCCCACGUCCCUCUGCUCAACGCCACGUGGGCGCUGGGGGGCAAUGCCCGCAGCCGGGCGUUCCUGCUGGGGCUGGUGCGGACGCUGCCCUCCGCCUGCCUGCUGGACGUGCGCGGCCGCCCGGUGUCCUGGAGCCUGCUGGACGGGCAGGGCUGCCUGCGCCACGGCUACACGGUACCCGCCUGGCGCGGCCGCGGCCUCACCGGGGUCCCGCUGGCCGCGCUGGGCCGGCAGCUGCACGCCCGCGGCUUCCCCGUCUACGGCGCCGUGCUGCCCCACAACACGGCCUCGCUGCGUGCCCUGCAAGCCGUCGGCUUCCUGCUCCAGCCCGGAACCUUCUACAUGAUCCUGGGCACCCCAGAGUAGUGCCCAAGGACAGGGCGCCUGUCCUAGGGGUGGGGUCACCUGGGCCCAGGGGGGUCUGGAACCCCACCCUGUGGGAGAGGGAAACACCCCAGUUCCCACACUGAGCUCACUGUAGAGCCGUUCACUCUGGUCCCUACUGAUAGCACUGACAGGAACAUCCCAGAUUCCAUACUCAGCUCAGAAUGUGGCAUGUUCACUCUGAUCCUACUGAUAGCACUGAUGGGAACAUCCUGAAUCCCACACGGAGCCGUUCUCUCCCAUCCCCGGCGGGGUGCGGCAGGGGCGAGGCGGGGGGCUGGAGAAAGGCUUUUAUUCGUUCAUACAAGAAUAGAUCUUCUGCAAUAAAUACCCCAAUAAAUAAACAUCUCCAAUAAAUAAACACUCAU